AUGGCGUACUUCGAGCCAGCCUCAUUCAAUUCUCUUUUCCGUCGGUGUGUUACUUGCGACGACACAGCCCAGACAUCAUGUCCCUCAUCCUGCCCAACGGGUCAAGUUUGUGGUCAAAUUCCUCCUACCUGCGACACCUGCCAACAUAUGACAUGCGUACCUGAUCCCAACGCAGCAGCAUCUGUAUCGCCUACGAAAUCUUCGAGCACGGGACCUAACGCUGGUGCUAUCGCUGGAGGUGUUAUUGGAGGAGUGAUAGCGAUAGCUGUGGCGACCUACUUAGUAUGGCGAUUCUGUAUCAAGCCGAGAAGACAACAAUUCGAGCAGGAAGAAUGGGCAGAGGAGCACGAGGAGCAGACAGAUGCAGAGAAGGAAUUUACGAUGAGACGGGACGCCAGAGCCUCCACACAUACAGUUGGCUCGAUCGCUUCCACAGUCUUAUCAAGAGCUUCCAAUAUCAUACAAAUCGCAUACAUCCCAGGCGUUACCAAUCGAUCCGAUCCUUCAACGCCAGGCCUUCUCGUACCACCCGUUCCACCGAUCCCAAUUGCUCUUUCAUCCGCUGCAAGUACCCCACGAUUCGAACAGGAACACUUCUUCAUGCCAGGCGAGCUACGAGAUUCGACAUAUUCUGGAAUUAGCGACCGAACAUCAUAUGCCCGGACAAGUGUUGCCUCAACAAUCUACGGCAAAAACGCAAUCGUCUCUCCAAUACCAGCUCAAACUGUCAUUCGAGGAAAAGCUGCCGUGGUUAGCGUCAGGUCAAAUGGUGCAAAUUCUCCAGGCGACAUGACACCACCAGUUCCAAGCGUCGAUUACAGCAAAUACCAAUCUUCAAUGGGUAGACCACCUAGUGCUGCUUUCUCUGUCGGGUCAACAUUCUUGAAUAGUGCCAGUGCGGCUACACAGGUUAAGCCUCAGGUCAUCAGCAUGAAGAAGUCUCGUUCAACACUCGGGGACGAUCAGAGCGAUACCCUUUUACCACCAGAUUCCCCCGCAAACGGCAUGUUUGGUUCACCCAUACACGGAACCACCAGCCCAUUCCGGGAUCCUCCCAUCCAACGAUCACCCAGUCAUGGCUCACUCGGUGCAGUUACCAAAAUAUCUAACGGUUCCAUGAGAGACUCUACCCCUUUUGGAGAUGAACACGAAAUGAAGCAUUAA